AUGGAUGCACAGUUACUUGAGACCUUGCAAAUGUACCGGAUGUUUCAUAAAAUACACAAGUGCGGGGGUUUUGCCUAUCCGCUCUGCCCGGAAGGCACCAUAGCCACCUGGAAGGAGCCCCUGGAGGAGUCCCUGGAGGAGUCCCUGGAGGAGUCCCUGGAGGAGUCCCUAGAAAAGCUCCUUGAGGAGCGACCGGAGAAGCCCGUAGGGAAGGCCCUAGAAGAGUCUCUGGAAAAGCCCCUUAAGGAGUGCCAGAAGGAGUGCCUGGAGAGUUCCUUAGAGGAGGCCCUGAAGGAACCCUUGGAGGAGUCCCUGGGAGAGCCUCUUGAGGAGCACCUGCAGGAGUGCCUGAAGAGCCCUUGGAGGAGUCUUUACAAAAGCCCCUUGAGGAAGGAGCGCCUAGAGGAGCCCCUGGAGGAGCCCCUAGAGGAGCCCCUGGAGUAG